UAAUACCAAAACGUCCGACCCGGAAAAAAAGUCAAGCCUCCGUCACCCGAUCACUCAAACAAAAUAGAGGGUAGAGUGAGGGCGUCGUGCACGCUAGUUUUUUUUUUUUUAAUCAACUCUGUAGAAGUUGUUUAAAAGUUGCUGUGAGGAUGAUCGCACGCGCCGGGGCGCGCUCGCUGCUCUCCGCUUGGUUUCAGGGCGCUGGCUGUGGCGCACUGUGACUCUCCACAGCGGUGAUUAUGUGAUAGUGGCAGCGAUGCCGUAUCUGGAUCGCUUGAACCGAGUGUGCGGCUUCCUUGACAUCGAGGAGAAGGAAAACAGCUGUCGCUUCCAGAGGCGAUACUUCAUCCUCGACACGCCAGGGAAUGUUCUGCAAUGGUAUAUGGACAAUCCCCAGAACCUGGCCAGAGAAGCCAGCUUUGUAGGGAGCCUGAAAUUGACCUACAUCUCUAAGGUGAGCGAAGCCACUCCAAAGCAAAAGCCAAAGACUGAGUUCUGUUUCGUCAUAAAUGCAGUUUCGCGGCGGUACUUCCUCCAAGCUAAUGAUGUGACCGACAUGAAGGAGUGGGUCAAUGCACUCAACAAAGCCAGCAAGAUCACUGUAAGAGAAACACACAUGGAUGUUGCCUUUUUGUUUGCUCAUGAUCAGGACAAGGAGCCUCUUCGAGGUAUUCCGCUCAGAGACAUUCAGAAGGUCCAUGAAUGUCUUGUCAAGUCUGGGGAUCUCCUGUUUAGAGACAAUCUUUUUGAGAUCAUCACCAACUCCCGAACUUUUUACAUCCAGACAGACACCCCAGAGGAAAUGCACGGUUGGAUCAGGGAUAUUGAGACGAAAAUUCGGGAAUUCAGAGGACCGCCACGGGGAUAUCAGUUCAAAAGAGUUUCUUCUCUCCAUCAAAAACAGAAUGCUAGCGGUGCCUCUCGUCUGCAGAGUAGUGAGAUGCGGCCCCAGCUGGUUAAAUCCUGCUCUGUGGCUCCAGGCUGGCAGCCCUGGACGCCCGUGCCUCCGGGUGAGCCCUCCAUCGUAGACAUGGAUGAUGAGGACAGCCCUUUUAGCCCUGUUCCCACUCGGCCUUCCCUCUCUUCCUCAUCUACUUCCUCUUCCACCUCAUCCUCCUCUAACUCCCUGACCACCCCGGCCCCCUGCCCCAGUGGAUCUGCGAGCAGCGGGCUUGUGAUGCUCACAGCGUCUGCAGACAUUGCGAGCGGGCGGCGCCGGCAUCGCUCACAGCCCCAACCUCACUCUGCCUUUCCCUUCAGCUUGGAUGAUGAUGGCAUCCGCACAACAGAUGUCUAACUCAGAGCAGUCUGUUGAGACUCCUGUGUUGACGAAAGUGUUGGUACCUCUUUUGUUUAAGUAAUGAAUGUGACUGGUAAUGGUAGUAUUCCCUGCCAAUGAAGAGACAAUAUUCCCAUGGCUUGAGAUUUGGGGCCCCCUGUUGGUGAUGAUGCUGCUUUGCAGAUGAAGGAUGCACCGAGCUUGAAGUACGUGCAGAGGAACUUUCUUUAUUGGUCCAAGGACUGUGAAAAGGAGAUAUGGAGUGUUUUAGAGCAACUUCCUCUGGAAACUUGAAUGAUCCUGUUAGUUUUUUUUUUUUUUUUUUUUUUUUAAACUUAAAAAUGGUGGCACAUGCUUUCAGACUUCUGCACUUUGCUUUGCUUAACUUUUAUUAACAAAAAUGUUUAAAGGAGUUUUAAAGCUUAUUAAAAAUCUGUGCUUUUAUACACAUUACACAAAAAUGUACUUUUAAUUUCUUUUCAAUCUUGCGGUUUCUUCCAAGCCCAGCAGUGUUUCCGAUCACUCUUUUUGAAACGCAUCAUGCAUCAUCUGCAUACAAUUUAAUUUUCAUUCUUUGUAUUUCUAACAUGGGUGAUGUAUUUACUCUAUUUUUUUUUUUAACUCUGCUUAAAGAUCAACUGUCAGUUCACUGUGAGUCCAUUUCAAGGUUUUAGCUCGGUACCAAUGAAAGCGGUGCAAUGUUACAUUGGUACUUGUUGUAAAACAUCCUGCUGGUAUCACAGCUUAUUAUUGCGUUAGCGGCUUUGGAAAUGUAAAUGUGAUUGCCAUAUUGCAGCAUUAUGUGGGACGUUUUUGCCACUACUUUUGUUAACUGAAUUGCAAUUCUGCACUUUGCAUUUUGGAGUUGAACAUAUGUGUGUGUGUCUGAGUGAUGGUGAAGAUUUUUUAUUUUUUUUCAAAGAUUUGUUUGAUCUUCCAGAGCAGUUAACUAUACUUUCGUCAUAUCCUUGGUGUUGCUACACCAGCUCAUGUUGAGGUCUCAUUGAUGUGGUACCGUGCUCAUUCCUGUUUCCAUUCUCUGAAGCUUUGUGCACUUAACCUGCCUGUGUUUCAAGGUAAUUCUUUCUUGUAUAUUAAAUAAUGCCUUAUAUUUGUCUUGCUUGAAUCACGUAUUUCCUACUCUUUUUGAUGGCCUUAUGAAAAACAAAAGUCAAGUCAAAACUAUAGUUUUCUAAAACACCUUUUGACUGAGUAAAUAGCACCUUGACCUUUAUGUGUUUGGUCUCUCAAAGGCAAAUCUUGAUUGUCAAGAGGUCAGAGUGAACAACAAAUUUGCCCUUUAACACACUCACACUGUGUGGGAGCAAACAAGCACUCACAUGCCUUUCUACCAACCAGAGGCGGUGCUAAGUGAAGUCUUUCACACAUGCAGUGCAAAGUCUAGCAGGUGAAAUGCCUUAAACCCACUAUGUCCACUUCAGCCUCUGUCCUCUGCUGCAGCUGUGCAACUGAGGGACAGUAAAUAGGUCUCCAAUGAACAGUUAGAAUUGUGUUAGAGGUAUUAAAAGGCCACCAGGACUUGUGAAAUGUCAGCUGUGUUGAAAUUGGAUUUCACUUUUAUAAAACAGAUCCCUUCUAGGUGCUGAGACGAGCCUAAGGAAAACCA